AUGGCAUCUGAAGACCUUCACCCGCUGGUGAUCGAUCGGCCGCUGUCACGUUCAGCUUCCGAAGCCAGUGCUGAAGACCUGACGACGUCUAUUGAGAUGGCCAUGGCCACGGAAUCACCCAGUCGGACGAGUUUCGCUCUACUCGUGAAUGGAAAGCAAGGGAUUGUCGACUCCGACGAUUUGCCACCAUCUGAUCCAGAAGAUUCGUUCGCCGUGCAAAAGUCCAUUCGUCCUUCGAUUAUCGACCGGCUGCAUCUGGAUUUGGUCCGAUUGCCGGAAACUGCACCAAAUGGCUGUUUCGCUUCCGUCAGUUAUACAGCCGAUAUGGAGCAGUUCGCUAAUCAAAACCAUACUGUUAACGCAUUUGUCGAUCCCUUUGAAGAAGAGGAACGUAGAUCUCGUACGGAAAUGUGGGUGGAGUCAACAUCACCCGGUUAUGCCAGUGACGAUGAUCCUAAAAAAGCAUCAGUUGCAGAAUCAGACGAGUCUGUACCGUUGCCCGAGGUUAAGGUCUCGGCAUGUUCCGAGAAAAGCGCGAGUGCUAGUCCACCUGGUAACACAACCACUUCGACAACGGGCGGUGAUGAGGAACUGCCGACAUCUGUCCAAAUUCAGAUUAAUGACGAAAUCUUUUCGAAUUCGAGCAAGCCAAAAGGUGAGAUGGAUAGAAUGGAUUCAUUAGCUACUUCGGAGAAAAGCGAUCCAAACUCGCUGGUUAGCUCAGAUCUGGACAAAGCGAGCCUCGUUAAAUUUAGAUUUAACUGCAAUCUUCAUCAAGCCAGAGAAGAUGCAAAGAAAGAGGUCGAUAUGGAGAACUUUGAUCGAUUCUGGCGUCAUCUCUACAACAAAUCCGAGCCGAGCAAGUCUGAAGAGUUCAAAAAGAAAGAACGCGAAGAGAAGCAGGAAGAACGUAAGACGACACGUCGUCGUGCUCGAACACCAACGCCAUCAAUCGAACGAGUGGUGCUCUACUACACGACGGACCGCCGGAUAUCGCUAACGCCAACGGCCUCGUCCAUUUCGCCAUCACCGGAGCCUAACUCGCAACGUUCUUUCACUUUCGACUCUGGCAGACACCUAUUCAUUCAGGCGAACAAACCAUCGAUGACUUCUCAAGAUUCCGUGUCCUCAGAGCCAUUAGGCGACAAGGUGUCACCGGUUGUCGCUCAGAAAUCCCCUCUAGGCCGACAGGGCUCCACUUUGUCAGAACCGGCGCGUGGGAAUUCGGUAGCCCCGACUACCCUUCGAAGGCUUCCACUAACUGAGCAGGAUUCCAUGUCCUCAGAGCCUAUUGGAGAUAUUGUGAUCCCCGUCGCUAAUCGACCCCCAAGUGGCUCCAAACGCGUGAAAUGCAAGGCUUUCGGUCGUGGCAUUGUGAUUGAAGAAUCAGAAGAAACCUCAUCGGACAAGAUAGAGGAAGCGAUUCUUGACUCGAAAGAGGAAACAGAAACCUUUGCAUCGAAUAUCGAUACGGGAAAUGGAGUUGAUAGUCCAUCGGAAGGCAACAUAUUUUUCAAACUGGACGAGCUGUCUGGGAGUGAAUCAGAAGAGGGCCGAGUGGAUGUGAGCCACGCAUUCGAAAUGAAGUUGCCGACGUCAUUGACACCCGAGAAACGGCUUAUGGAUCAGUCGACGUCCACGGCAGAUCUUAGCGACGUCAUGUCAUGUCGCCAAGGGCGGGGCGAUGAAGCCAAUGCCUAUAAAAGGGAACAAAGUGAUAAAUCUACCGUUACUACGCCGUUAAUGGACGACAAAGAACAGUCUACAAUAAAGGAAAUGCAAGAUCAAGCUACAUCCACAUCUGUUUCACCUCCACCUGCGGUAGUUUUGGAAGACGCUCCUGAAACCGAAAGCUCAAUUCCGGACUUUAAAGAACAACUAUCCGACAUCGAUACGUCAUCAUUGGAAGAUCUAUUGGCAAUGGACACUCGCCCGAACUCGUCCAAUCGUAAAUCGGUAUCGUUCAGUGACUUUAUCGAUGUCGAAAUCGUCUCACCCGAACCGCAAAAGAAAAGCCCAUCACCCGAAUUCCGUAACUUUACGGUGAAGCCGAUUCUUAAGAAGGAUCUCAAGCAAACUGAAAGUAUGCGACGACUACUGGAUUAUGCUGCCGAGCGACUUUACAAAGACCUUCUGAUGCUUGUAGAAGAACGUGAUCGAUCGAUACACGCCCUUGAACUUACUCCUGAAGAAGAUGAUCAUGCCCUGUCAACACAGACCUGCAUUUUUCAAAAGAGGUAUCGUGACAGACUCUUGGAAAACAAGCUCACCCUCGACAAACGAAUUGAUCAGGUAUGGCAGAAGCUGAAAGAUAUGGCAGUUGACGGCCAAAUUGGACAAUUCGUCUACGGUGUACGACAUAGCUCAGAGUUAACGUUGAAUGUAAAACGACGAGUGAACUUGCGAAGAGAAUCAUUACCGACCCGCAGCGAUAUCGAAAUGGUGUGCGAUCUAUCGCGACGACUAUCACUCGUACGUGAACAGCUCAAGCAGAAGGACUCAUUGGAGGAGUCAAGCCUUUCAAUGGAGAACAUGCUAUCAGCAGUAUCACGUAUUAUCAAUGGAAGUAAUGGCAAAGCCACCUGUUAG